AAAAAACACCAAAUGAAUUUCCCCAGGACCCCAGGUCCCAGCCUGAUUUUGAAAAACACCAAAAAUAAACCCUAAAAUGAUAAACCCUAAACCCCCAAUUCCAUUCCCCCCAAAUAAGCCAUUCCAGAUUAUUCGCGGUUUUCUCCCUUGAUUCUCCCUCAAAUUCCUUCGCCAUUCCAGCAUUUCUGUCGAAUUUUCAUUAUUGUUGGUAGAUUGUGUAUUGGUAGAGUACAACCUCGCUCCUGAGCAAUACGAGCACGAGCACGAGGAGCAAAACUGUGAUUGAUGAUAUUUUAGAGAGAUAAACUUCUGAAAUCUCAAACUCCAGCUUUUCGAAUCAGGAGUAAUGGAGAGCAUAUUAGAUACUAUUGAGGAAGAGGUGAGUUUUGGAAAUAGUGAUGAUGCGGAGAUGAUGGAUAUUGAAGAAGGAGAAGUUGUGGAUGGGCAUGUUUUAGGCAAAACUAAUGACAGAAAUGACAAGGAAGUGAAGAUGGAUUCGCAAGGCGGAAGUAUUCAACCAGCAAAGAAGACGAGAAGGAAGAAGAAGAAUAAGAAGAAAAAGAAAGGCCCACCCGCAUCAGAUGGAGAAAACAUUGACAGCUUUGUUUUGGAUGUGUGUAAGCGGUUUAGAGAGAGAAAGUCAUAUUUGGUGUAUGCUGCUGUUGGUGUUCUGGGAGUAUUCGCUAUUAAGGAACUUCUUAAAGAGGUAGUAGCUGUCCAAGCUUGUGGAGGUCAGAAGACUGCUUUAGGUGAUCGACAUAGAACAGGGGGAGGCAUACUGUGGAAUAUACUAAAGGCAAGAGACCCCAAUGCCUAUAAGGAGAUAAUGAAGAAAGGAAGGGAAUUUGAGAAACAAUUUAUGCGACCAAGGGGCCAACCACCUAGUGCUUCAGAUUCAACCACCAUUAAACCGGUGCCUAGCACUUUAGAGAAUGACUGUGAGAUAAAUACCCCAAUUGAAGAACAAUCAGGUCAGCCAAGCACCGGAGAGAAACGUAUUCCUGUACAUGAUAGGAUUAGGGUGCCUGUGUCGUAUGAUGAUCUGUCUGUACAGGAACCACCAAACGUACAAUGAUCUUGAAACAAAGUUUUGACAUAUAUCGACCAGUAAUGGAUAAUUGAGAUACUUUCUUUGUUUUGUGGUGUUGUUUUCUUCAAACUUCAAUUCAAAGAGAGCAUAUGAGAUCAAGUUUUGGCAACUAA